GACUGGAGUUGGGAGAGGAACCCAAUCUGUGCGACAGUAACUGCACAGUCAACUAAAGCAUAAAUAUUACAAAACAUUUAUCGAAAUCGUUAUUUACUGCUCGUCUUGUUUUUUUGUUUUAUUGUAUCAUAAGCGGAUUGACUCGUACAAUUAUUUGCAUCAAGAAGACCACUUGCCCGCAUCGAAUCAUCGCUCCAUCCAAUGUUCAUGAAGACAUUCUGAAAUUACAUGUUCUUCCAUAUUUCGUUGGGGUUGGAUUACACAAAAGGCGGCACGGACCCACACAAUUAUUCACUCUUCUCAUUGCAACAGGGAGCCCCAGACCCCGGAGAUGAAUAAGCUGCGUCAGAGCCUGCGCAGGAAGAAGCCCACCUACGUGCCAGAGGCCAGCAGACCCCACCAGUGGCAGGCCGAUGAGGAGGCCGUACGCAAGGGCAAAUGCAACUUCCCCGUCAGGUACCUGGGUCUGGUGGAGGUGGAGGAAUCCAGAGGGAUGCAUGUGUGCGAGGAGGCUGUGAAAAAGCUCAAAAUUAGUGGCAAGAAGACAGUGAAAGCAGUUCUGUGGGUGUCCGCAGACGGUCUCAGAGUGGUGGAUGACAAAACCAAGGACCUCAUCGUAGACCAGACCAUUGAGAAGGUGUCCUUCUGCGCGCCCGACCGCAAUUAUGACAAGGCUUUCUCCUACAUCUGCCGUGACGGCACCACGCGCCGCUGGAUCUGCCACUGCUUCAUGGCCCUGAAGGACUCGGGCGAGCGUAUGAGCCACGCCGUGGGCUGUGCCUUCGCCGCCUGUCUGGAGAGGAAGCAGCGGCGCGAGAAGGAGUGCGGCGUCACAGCCUCGUUCGACGCCAGCCGCACCUCCUUCGUGCGCGAGGGCUCGUUCCGCGUGACGUCGUCCAGCCAGCAGGGUGGCGAGCGCGAGGACAUCAUGAAGCAGCUGCAGGACAAGAAGAAAGAGCCCCCAUGUACCAUCCCAGCCAUCCCCCCUGGCACGUCCUCACCCCCUGAGGGCGAGGCCUCGCCUGUGGGGCAGGGGGUGGAGCACGCAAUCCCGCGGCGCCACGCGCCCAUUGAGCAGCUGGUGCGGCAGGGCUCCUUCCGGGGCUUCCCGGCCCUCAGCGGGAAGAACUCGCCGUUCAAGAGGCAGCUCUCGCUGCGCCUCAACGACCUGCCUUCCAACCUGCAGCGCAAGACCGCCGACUUCCAGAGCAAGAACCCAGUCCCAGAGAUGGAUCUGUCUGUGUGUGGCGAGGCAGACAGCAGCAUCAACGCUCUGUGCAGCCAGAUCAACCAUUCUUUCACCAGGCCCUCUGAGGAACUCUUCUCCAACCCCACCCCCAACGGCCUGCCAGCCUGCACUGUGCCCCCAGCCAUCCCCCCUCCACCCGCCCCCCUGCAAGCCACGUCCUCCUGGGUGCAGGCGGAGCCCCCGGUCCAGUCCCCUGUCCACAGUGGACACAGGAGGACACCCUCCGAGGCUGAGCGCUGGCUGGAGGAGGUGGCCCAGGCCGUCAAGGCCCAGCAACAGACCCCCAACCUGCCCCCGCCACCCAUCCAGCCCACCCCUGCCAUUCCAGGGCCACCCAUGUCAAACGCAGCUAUGUCUGUGCCACCUAUGUCUCACCCACUUAUGCCUGGCCCACCUAUGUCUGGUGUGCCCAUAAUGGGGGCAUCCAUGCCAGGGGCAACCAUGCCAGGGGUACCUGGCUCCCUGCCCACUUCCAUGCAGCCCUUUCCCUUGGCGUUUGAUGCCACUCCUGCGCCCGUGAGCCUGUAUAACCAGCCACCCCUGCAGCCAGCGUUUGUACCCAUGCAGACCUACAUGCCCACCCUGGCCAACAGCAUGGCGUACUCCAACGCCAUUGUGCCUGUGGUGGGCAUCACGCCUUCCCAGAUGGUGGCUAAUGUCUUCUGCACGGCAGGCGGAUCUACCGGUGGGCCCUCCAUGGGCAUGUGCACAGGGCCCAAAAUGGGAACGCUCACUGGCGGGCACCGCCACUCUUUCUCCGGCCAGCCGGGCGGGUUCCCUAUGCCACCCUUCGGAGCUCAUCCCACCGUCAACGGCCUCCCCCACAGCAUUCCCACCUCCCCCGCCACCAUCAUGCAGAACGGCACCAGCAGCAAUAGCAGCUGCUGGCCACCGGAGGGCGCACAGCAGGCCAACCCGCCCCCAGCCAUUGCCCAGGAGGUUGAUCGCUUCGAGGCAAAGUGGGCCGCGCUGGAGACCAAAUUGCAACCCAAGGCGGCGCCCAACCCUUUCUCCAAUGACUUGCAAAAGACCUUUGAGAUCGAGCUUUAACUCUGUAUUAACCCAGGUCGGGCCACUGCAUAGACUAUGAUGAUGCAGACACCCAACCACAAUGAACCACUCCACUCCCCCCCCUCCUACCCCCUGCCCCUAAAUGCUGUCGCUCCCCGUCUUCUUGAUUUUCUCCUCCUCUGUUGAGACCCCAGGAUGUAAAUUGGGUCUGAAUGAAGGGGGGACAUGAUGACUGUGUAUGGGGUUCCUUGCGAUGCAUUCCCUGGGAUUUCUAGCAGUCAUGUUCUGCGUGGGGAUCUAUGGAAGAGCCAGAGAAUAUGGAUACAUCACAUUACACUGAGAUGUGACACUGAGAGAGAUUAUGUUGAUGGUACCCAAGCACAGCAAAGGCCCUGGUUGACUAGCCAAUGACACGAAUCGAUGGUGGAGACCCCAAAGGAGGCGUCGACCAAUAAGAGUGACAGACAGUUUGAUCGCCAAAAUGGUUAUAUUUAUGAUUUUACUUAGCUUUUAACCUGUUAUAGUUUUACAUUGUUGUUUCUCCCUGUAUUUAUUUGUGUGGAACUGGAAAGAGGAGGAAAAUAACUAUCAGCUGCAACUGUGUCAGCGGAGGGAGCAAAGAGAGCGAGUGAGUCAUGAAACCAGAGGUUGGAAACGAGUGUAAAUAGCAUGCUUUUUUCACCCUCUAUUUAUUACCAAUCCAUGUAUAACCGUCAAUUUGCGACUCAACCCAAAUGAGUCACUGUUAGCUAAAUCACCAUGGUGAUCUCACCCCUCUGUCCCAGUGCCACUCCACCUGCAGGGCAGACACACUGGAACCCUGGAACAUUCUGGAAAGGGUCCAAAUAGUGCGGCACAUUCCAAGUUGUUUGGUUGAUUCGCAUUAUAUUCUAAAACAUGGUAGUAGUCACCCGCGUACGAGUGUAGUCAGUCGACACUACGAGAGUCUAUUUGAAAGUGUUGAGCCUAAGAUUUAAGAGAUUAGGGAUGGGAGAGCUUGAGCACUUCGUAAGAUAAAGAGGGUAAGUUUGGGGUGAGUUAUGAUGUUGUUUUUUUUGUCACUGGGGGCUGCGUUUGAAAUGGCACCCUAUUCCCAUAUAGGGCCUUGGGCAAAAGUAGUGCCUCCCUAUAGGCACAGAUGUCAAUUCAACGUCUAUUCCACGAUGGUUCAACGCAAUUUCCUAGAAAUGACAUAUAUACAACGUUGAUUCAAUUGGUGUGUGCCCAGUGGGCUGGGUCAAGCUGCACUUCUGACAUAAUGGGACUACAGUCAGUUUGUAGAGGCUUC